GCUCCGCCGGGUCCUUCGCGGCGGGGCGGGGCCUGUCGAGGUGGCUUGUGGGUCCUUCCUGCGCCGCCUCGCUCUUUCGCUCGGACCCGCACGCCGGCAGGAUGGGCAAGUGUCGCGGCCUUCGUACGGCGCGGAAGCUCCGCAGUCACCGGCGGGACCAGAAGUGGCACGACAAGCAGUACAAGAAGGCUCAUCUGGGCACAGCCCUGAAGGCCAACCCCUUUGGAGGUGCUUCCCAUGCAAAGGGCAUCGUGCUGGAGAAAGUAGGGGUUGAAGCCAAACAGCCAAAUUCUGCCAUCAGGAAGUGCGUCAGAGUCCAGCUGAUCAAGAACGGCAAGAAAAUCACAGCUUUUGUCCCUAAUGAUGGAUGCUUGAACUUUAUUGAGGAAAAUGAUGAAGUUCUGGUUGCUGGAUUUGGUCGAAAAGGUCACGCCGUUGGUGACAUUCCUGGAGUCCGCUUUAAGGUGGUUAAAGUAGCCAAUGUCUCUCUCUUGGCUCUCUACAAAGGCAAGAAGGAAAGACCAAGAUCAUAAGUUUUGAUGAUGAAAAGACAUUAGUAAUAAAUUUUCAUAUUCCAAAAA